UUACUCGCAGUUUCGGUUUCGAAACCUCGGCAUUCGAAACCAGAAUAUUAAACACUGGGAAGAGCGAUUCUAUAGCGACUUUAUAAUACGAAAGCUAUUGAAAGCAAAAAGCUAGCAAAAGAUCGUAUCGACAAGGCACUAACUUCGUCUUUUGGAAUUCGUGAUGGCUUCAUUCCAGGAAAAUUUUAAGAAAAUUUCGGAACAUCAUCUCGCUGGCGUUGUAUUGUGCUGAUAAUCUCGAAUACAAGAUACAAUUACCGGUUGUUUUCGGAUUCAAAAUAUGGAUAAGGAGCUUUCUCUUCCAGCAGAAACUGACAGUUAUGAAUUUAUAAACCAAAAUGACGCUCGAAGUAUUAGAUCGGACUCUAGUGAUGUGAGUUCAACUGAUUCAGGAAUUCCUCUCAGUGAUGCAGAAAAAGCACUAGCAGAUCGUGUGCGUCAUUUGAAACAGGAGAAUAAAGAAUUAAGACUCGCCAUAGACAAUUAUCAGGAAGCACUGCAGCUUUGCCAAGAAAGGCUAAACUCUGUAAUAGCCGAACAAGGUGAGAUACUGUUGGGCACACAGGAAAGUUACAAACAAGCAAAAACAAAGGUUGAAAGGCAAAAUCAGAAAAUUUCUGAUCUUGAAAAACAGCUUCAAGAGGAAAAAAAUAAACAUUCUCCAAAAGUAGAAGACAUCCAGGAAAACAAACAACAGAAUGAGAAGAAGGAUUCUGAAAAGCUGGAUGUUUUAGAGAAGAGUAAUUUUAAAGAAAUUGUUUGUAGUUUACAAAAACUUGUUGGCAAUCUUUCUGGAUUAACCCCAGAUGAGUUGCAUACAUCCAUAUCAACUGAACUCCUACAAGACUUGGUUCAUUUAAAUGAAGAUAUAGAAGAAUCAAUCAAACCUCUCCUCAAGUCCAACCAUCCUGCCCCCAUAAAGAAUGCUCUAGAGGAGGAACUUAAAUUGGUAAAAGAACAACUUAAAAGUGAAGAAGAAACACGAUCUCAGCUUGAAUCAAAGAUUACAGAACUUCAAGGCCAUCUUAACAAAAAUCAAAUGGAGAGAGUUGAAAUGCAGGAUGUUCAAGAGGAAAUGAAGUUAUUCGAAAAAGACAUGGAUAAAAUGGACAGGCUCAAAGCUGGAUUUAUCUCACGUGAUAGUCAGACAACCGAGGAUAGCUUUUCUUUAGGUCAGAAAGGGCAAGAACUGGGCAUUCGCGAUUCAUUUGACAUCUCGGAAUACGAAGCAAAAAUUGCAGAAUUGAAGGAGCAAAUGGUCAAACAGAAACGUACUUUCGACAAACGGGAAACUGCGUUUUUGAGGAAAGAAGAAACAAUUUUAAAAGAAAAGAAGGAUCUUGAAAAAGAACUCUCGGAAAUAAAAAUUAAAUUAGCUGAGAAAGUAGACGGCAGCCAGCUCGAAGAAAUUGAAGAAGCAAAAAGCAAACUUCAGGAAAGACUACAGGAACAAGAAGAUAUGUGCGAGGCCAUCCAAAAGGAGUUGGACGAGAGUUUAGCCACGAAUGAUGAUCUCGAAAUAAAGUUAAAAGAAACUGACAUUGCUUUCCGUCAGGAACUUAAGAAAAAAGAGGAUACAGAAAAUGAUUUAAAAGCGCGAGUUUACUCAUUCUAUCAAGACGUACAAGCAAAAGAUAUGGAACUUAACGACUUAAAAGCAAGACGGGGACUGGAAUGUCAAAAAAUGAGUUCGGCUCUUGAUGAAAUGAGGAAAGAGCUAACUGCAGUUUAUACGGAAAAUGAGUUGUUAACAGAACGAGAGGCCGCUAGUAAAACUGAAUUUGCAGAUUUGCAAUCAAGAAAUGACAAUCUUACGGCGCAGUUGGUGAGUGCUGAAGAAAUGGUGGAACUUAAGGAAACUGAUAUACGCGCAAUGCAGGCACGUGAGAAAAGUCUUGCAAGUGAAUUGGAAACUUUGCCUUGGUUAAAACAACAGUUGGAUGUCUACCAAACUGAUUUCAAUACUGAAAGACAAACAAAACAGAAAGUUGAAGAUGAUAAUAAGAAAUUGAGAAAUGAAGUUGGAAAACUUCGAGCGGAAAUUGAACGUUUCAAAGAGGAAGCAAAUGAUCCUACUGGCAGCAGGUUGCUUGAAAUGCAACGGCGUCAUGGUUGCGGUAACAGUAUGCAGGCGGGAAACGAAAGUCCUUGGAGCGGGUUUUAUGAUCAAUACCUGGCACCACGAGGUCCGCCUGCAGCUAGAAACAGCCCGCAUCAACCCCCACCUGACCACGAUGUAAACCGUCAGGUAUCCGGUGGUCGUUGCCCGAAAUGUGAAAGAGCUUUCCCCGAUCUGGAUACAUUGCAGACACAUGUCGUUGAGUGUUUAGAAUCCGAAAGUAGCGAGUCAGUCGGAAGAAAGAUUUGCCCGAAGUGUCAAGGAUCAUUCCCUGAUUUGGACACACUUCAAAUUCACGUGAUGGAGUGUCUUGAUGACAUAUAAAAUGUAGAAUGUCACCAUAGAAAAUCUCCACCUUAAUAUUA